AUGGCCAUGCUUGGCUGCUCACAGGUCCGGAAUUUGGUCUUUGGGCGACGCCGCAGUCGUCGGUUUUGGUCUGCCUUGAGAGGUGAUGGAACAUGGGAGACUGACUUCCUGACAAAUUACCAUGUGAUGGGUGUAGAGUGGAGAGUUCCAGAUUUCGAGGACGAACAGUAUAUUGUUCACCUACGACUGGGGAAAACCGAAUUCUGGAGACUACAUGACCUGUACGGCCUUUACCUAGUGACGAAAGACACGCGCUGGAGAUGCGCCGUUGCCAGUCAUAAGCGAUUAGCCAUGACACUUCAUUGGCUCGCUCAUGGCUAUACGUACAGUGAGUUGGCGAGGGUGUAUGCUGUUGGGAAGUCCACUGCUGUUGAAAUGGUCCACAGUACUGUGACUAUAUUGCUGCAGAGAAUGGUGAAGAAAUCCAUUCGAUUUCCUGAAGGCGACGAGCUUAAACGAGUCAUGUUGGAAUUUGGCGAGCUGGCACACCUAGAACGCUGUGCGGGAGCAAUUGAUGGCACUUUCAUGAAGAUUAAGAAGCCGCACAUUCCCUAUGCAGACAGCUAUUGGUGUUACAAGAAGUAUUGCUCGAUAAUCAUCCUAGGUACGGUCGAUGCAUGCGGCAUAUUUACGAACGUCAACGCUGGUCGGGCUGGCUCAGCAGGUGAUGCAGCAGCGUUCUCCACCUCUAAGCUCUGUCGCAAAAUUGGAAGUCGCAAAUGGCUGACAAUUGAUGAAGGGGACGAGCGAUUUGUGAUUGAUGGAACAUACAUUCGUCCCUACUUAGUCGCUGAUUCUGCCUUUUCUCUGUGCUCCACGACCAUGAAGUGCUACGAUGAAGUUGGUGUGUUACCAGCCUAUCGCCGCACCUUCAACCAUCGCCUCAUCAGAACUCAUCGAGUGGUGGAACAGGCAUUCGGCCGAUUAAAGGGCCGCUUUCAUAUUCUUGUUGACAACAAUUUGUCAGAUACCGAUUUUGCAAGUGAUGUUGCACUAGUUUGUUGCGCACUGCACAAUAUAUGCGAGCGAUGGAACUGCCCCCUAGAAAAUUCCUGGCUAGUGGACGACUCAGUAUACAAUAUGUAUCGUCCUGGCCCUGAUGACCAACCUCGAGCUGAUUUCGAUCAAGCAGGUUAUCUUGUCAGAGAGAAAAUGGCUCGCGUCAUACACCAACACCAUCCAGUAGCUUGA